AUGGCGUCGCAGUUCCGUAAUCUGUUACAAAAGAACCGCAAUGCAGUGGCUGCCGCCGCCGCAACUGGUGUCGCCCUGGCACCAGGUGUGGCCAUGACGACAUUUAUGUCUGACGACUGUGUCCACCCUGUUUCCUACCCAUGGAGGCACACUGGCUUGUUUUCCUCCUUUGAUUGCGCGGCUGUCCGUCGAGGUCUCCAAGUCUACCGUGAAGUCUGUGCUACUUGCCACUCCGUGGAUCGAAUCCGUUGGCGUGAAUUGGUGGGUGUCACUCACACAAAGGAUGAAGUCACCGAAAUGGCCAAGGAAGUCGAAGUUUUGGACGGACCCAACGACGAGGGAGAAAUGUUUGAACGUCCUGCCAAAUUGUUUGACAAAUUGCCCCAGCCAUACGCCAACAAGGAGGCUGGCCGUGCUGCCAACGGAGGAGCCUAUCCUCCUGACUUGAGUCUCAUGGUCAAAGCCAGACACUCGGGACAUGACUACGUUUUCGCCUUGUUGACCGGAUACGUUGACAAACCUGCUGGCAAGGAAAUGAUGUCCACCCUCUACUACAACCCCUACUUUCCCGGUGGUGCCAUUUCCAUGCCUCCUCCUCUCAAUGAUGGUGGUGUCGAGUACGAAGAUGGAACUGAAGCUACCAUCUCCCAGCAAGCUAGAGAUGUCGUCCAAUUCUUGCACUGGACUGCUGAACCCGAGUUGGAUGAGCGAAAGAAGAGCGCAGGGAAGUACCUGUCGGUUUUGGCCUUUGUGUGCGUCGCUACUGGCCUCUGGAAGCGCUGGAAGUGGGGUCCUCUCAAGACUCGAAUGAUCUCCUACGUUAAGGAGACCUAA